ACUGAUAUUUUAUUUACUCUGGAAACCCAAGAUGGCUCCUGUGAAUGUCUCGGUCCCAUAGCAAAUUGAGGAUGCAAGCAGUUACCGAAAAAACUACUUUUGCCCGACCGUGGUGUCCCCUGGAAAGCGAUUCGUGCGUUUGGGAGGAUGCCCGCAUCUCCGUUUGAGCUCUGAGGAGCCGCGGCAGCCCCGCGAAACCCUCUUUAACCCACCAAUUUGGUGUAGUUUCGCGAAGUAGUAGCUCUUCUCCUCGCUGUCGCUAUCUGUCCUGAGCGAGGUGCAGGCGGCAGGCAGCGCAUCCAAAUGGCCGAACCGAGGAAAGUGCAGUUUGUCACCCUCUCGGCCUUCGCCCCCGGACCGGCCGCAGAGUCCAGGAAACGCCGGCUGGAGGAGAACGGAGCGGGCUUCAACUCGAGUAGAUCCUCGGAGGUCGGCGCGGUGGCAGCGGCUGGGGCAAAAGGUAAACCCGGCGACAGGGACAAGGCUGGAGCCGAGAAAAGGGCGACGGUACGGCUGGACCUGCCUCUAUCCGAGCCAGACGACCGCUCCUCGGCUGAGUUUAACUACGGAGAACUCAUCCAGAACACUCAGAGUAAAUCUUCCAGCCAGACCUCAGCUCCAGAGCCCAGUGACCCCUUCAAUGAUGAUGAACGGGAGCGACUUCAGGUUGAGGCGCUCGCUAAAAAGUUUGAAAAUAAAUAUGGAAAUGUGGGGAAAAAGAAGAGGAAGGACAGGAUGCAGGAUUUGGUUGAUAUUGGAUUUGGCUACGAUGAGACCGACCCGUUCAUCGACAACUCUGAAGCUUAUGACGAGCUCGUGCCCGCCUCUCUGACCACGAAGCUGGGUGGGUUUUACAUCAACACUGGCACACUGCAGUUCAGAGCGGCCUCUGACUCUGAGGGAGACGAGGACAAGAUGCCCAGUGAUAAGGCACAGGUGGUGAGGAGGAGGAGAAAGAAAGAGGUGACCAAUCCAGAGGAAAACAGCACAAAGAAAAACAAAGUACCUAAACAGGGUUUGACCACUCUCAGGCCAGAGAAGAAGAAGAGGAAGAAGCUGAUGAAGGACUCCUUGUACCUGGCUGCAAUGCUCCGCCGAUUUUCUCGUGAGAAAGACGACCUGCGUAAAAGGGCCGCUAACACGGGGUUAGCCUCAGGUUUGACCCACAAGCCUCACUCCACAAACUCUAACCACAUGCUCACCACCGCUAACUCCUCAAACGCCGCGGGCAGCACGGCCAACGACCUGCUACUGGCCGACCUCACUGCGGACUCUGCCGUGAUGUCCCUCCUCGGUUCUGCCAAUGAGAAGGAGCUUCAGGAUCUACUGGGAGACCUGGACUUUAGUUUGUUGGACUCUGACCAGGCCCGAGAAAAUGGCAUUCUGGGAGUGGGCUCGUCUUCCCAUAAGGGAGGGGGUUCGGGGCGAAGCCUGUUCUCCCCGCCACCGUUGCCUAAUGGACUUCCAGCGCCUCUCAUUAAACGCAUUGAGGACUUGCGGGCGGCCUCGCGGCAGUUUGAUCAGGAGGGCAGGAAGAAGUUUUUCACCCUGGACAUGAAUAACAUUCUGCUGGAUAUCGAGCUGCAGGUCCAGGAGCAGCCUCACGAGCUGCGCGCCGACAUCUACUCUCACCUGGAGGCAUUUGUGCCCUGCAACAAGGAAGCACUCCUCAAACGCCUCAAGAAACUCAGCCUCAACAUCCAGGAUGACCGUAUGCGGACGCCUCUGCUCAAACUCAAGCUUGCCGUCUGCAGUGUGAUGCCAGAGCAGAUCGCUCGAUACAACAUGGACUGCAUGGCUAAAGCUGCAAAGCAUCAGUCAGAGGAAGGAGAGAAGAACGGCUCAGACGACGAGGAUGAGGAAAAACCAGGGAAACGGGUGAUGGGUCCAAGGAAGAAGUUCAUCUGGGAUGAUAAGCUCAGGGCCCUGCUGUGCAGUUUGGUGCGAGUGAAGCUGAGCUGCUACGAGAUGGAGAACCAGUGCUCUCUGUCUGUAGAGGACUACCUCAAGGCCUUUUUUGAGAAUGAGGUCAAACCACUGUGGCCCAAGGGCUGGAUGCAGGCCAGGAUUUUGUUUAAGGAAAGUCUAACUGUUCACGGUCACCUCACUGGAAACUUACUUAAGAGGAGGGUGGUGGCAGGGCCCAAGUCCAAAGCGCGGGAGUCUGGAUGGGUCCCAAAGCCUGCUUCGAUGGGUGUGUCCCCCGCGCUGCCGUCCUCCGCCGGCGCGCCUCGCCAGCUGCCCGCCACGUCUCCGUCUGAGCCCAUCUGUUUGUCGGACUCUCUGGAUGAAGACCUGACCGCUCCUUCUUUGGACUCCAUCUCUCACGCGUUGGCUCUGCUCAGCAAUGCGUCCAAGGGGCUGUGCUCGUCCGAAAGUCCGCUGUCGCCCCCUCCUUUGCAAAUGCCCACCUCAUCCCCGCCGCCCAUCACACCUCACUACCCCCCCGCGCAGCAGUCCCAGGUGAAAACUGGGACUGUACCAAUUAGUUCUACCUCCUUUUCUAGCGCUUCCUCCCGGGCAACGCCAGGGGGGCAGUCUCUCUCGUCGAGGACUGGUGACGGUUUGUACGGGCCCAUCAAAGGCAUUGGACAGACCCCAAAUCAGAGACACGUCGCCAUGGCGUCACCCACUCACAGACAGGGCUUAAUCAUGGGCAGUGCCAAGAUGCACCCGCACCCUUCCCAGUCGCCCCCAAAGCAGCGCCCCCCUCCCACAGCCUCUCCCCUGCUGCCCCCCCAGCAGAGGGCUUUCCCCAGCGCGGCAGGCGUCCUGGGUCCAAUGGGAUCGCAUCAGCCCGCAACCAAAACCACACCGAACGGCAGCGUCACGCCCGCCCCCUCGCCCUCCGCCCCCCGCUCCAACACUCCCCACGCUCUUCAGUCUUACUGCCCCCCCUCCCCUCAGGUCUCCUCCCCUCCCUCCACCCCCACCACACAUACCUCCUCCGCCAAAGCCCCUCAGCCCAACUUCAUCACCCCGAUGCAAGCAACGCUGACCAAGGCAUCCCACACCAAUGCGUCCCCCAUCAUCAAGCUGACCCCGCGGCCCGCAGUGCCCACCCCACCACCUUCCCCCUCACAAAUGGCCCAUCACCCCCUGCCCAGCCCCCAGCCGCAGUACUCGCCUAAACCCUUCCGACCCCCGUUCACAGUUUCAAGCGGGAAGCAGGCUCCUGGCGGUAGUAGCGUACUCAACAAUAACCCCAGCAACCGAACUCCCCCUCCCCCCGCCCCCUCUCCCUCGGCCAAUCAGGUGCAGAGGUCAAGGGUUGUGGGCGGGACCAACCAGAGCUCUAAGGCAGGUAAUGGCUGGUCGUCUUCAGGGAGUUUGCCUACAUCUUCAACAACGUCACACCUUCCACAGGCUUCAAAUUCCGGCUCCUCGCUUUUGGGAAGCUCGUCCAAUCUGCCCCUGGGCUUCGGCAUGCUGGGAGGCCUCGUGCCCGUCUCACUGCCAUUCCAGUUCCCCCCUCUGCUCAACUUCAGCCCCUCUGCCCCAGGAGCUGCUGGGAUGAGCUCCACCCCCAGCUCCAACUCAGGAUACCCCUUAGCACAGAGCGACCUGAUGGAUCUGUACAAGAGUCUCCAGUCUGGGUCGCAGGCCCUACCUCCUCACUUGCAGCUUGCUUUCUCAGAUUCGAACCAAAGUCAGGGAGGAGAUAAGAGGAAGCCCCACUGACCAAUCAGAGCGCAGGGCGACUUCCCCACCCCCCCAGAACCAUCCAAUAGGAAUCUUUAUUUGUAAUCAUGUGGUAUUACUGGGCCUCGUCUUAACGGACCUAAGGAGGAAGUGAACUGUAUUUUCUAUUGACCCGGGUUUGAAAACAAGACACGAGUGAAUGGAAUUACACCUGUUUUAUGUUCUAUUUUUAUUUUUACGUUGUCGACAUGUUUACAUAAGACCGAUCCUACUGUGGAUGGAGCAAGAGAGGUACAGAACGAGGAACUAACACUAUCUUAUAUAAUUAUUUCUAUUUAAGCUCGUGUAGGAGGCCAGGACUCUUGCCGUAUAUAUACAUAUAUAUAUAAAGCGAAACAGAUGCUAACAAAUUCUUAUUUUUAUGUUUUGUUUGGGACGUGGGAUCCAUCAUGUCCGUUUGCAUUUUACCGUUGGUCGCGUCUUCACAAAAUGACUGUUAUGUAGUAGCCUGAUUUAAUAUGGAUAAGUUAUUUGUAAAGUUCACAGGGACAAAAAAAAACACAAAACGUUGUUGUUGUUAUGACGUUACGAGAGAGCGCGGGUUGCGUUUUGGAUAUGUACGUGUACAUAGGAAAACUACUAUAUACUGUUAAUUUGUAACAGAUGUUCUUGUAAUGAUGAGCGCCCUCUUGUGUUGGCUCAGCAGUGUGCAGGUGCUAAAAUCACACUGGACCUUUUCGUGGUAUUAAGACUUGAAUUUAAAAAAAAAAUGUCCACGCUCUCCUUCAGGUCAGAGGAGUGUUUAAUAAAGCCACACUAUGGAACUUUUUAGGUUGGAGGUCCAUCUUCCUCGGUGUGGAAUUAAACUUAUCUAUUUUGCUUUUUAAAGAAAACGUGCAUUCUUACUAUGAGCGUCAGUGGCUCAGGAGGUAGAGCCCACUGAGACGAAGAUUGGCCAUUCAAAUCAGAUGAAUGCUGCUGUUGUGUCCUUGGGCAAGACCCUUAACCCUGCCUUGCCCCCAGUGUCUGUGCACACUGGCGUGUGAAUGUGUGUGAGUGAAUGAGUGUGAGUGAAUGUGUGUGUAAAUGUGAAUGUGUGACUGUGACUAUUUGCUAUUUAUGAGCUGGGUGGUGUCCAUCUGACCAGUAAUUUGGCCCGUUUGUUUAAAACCAUCCUGUGGAACAUUUCUUACAAAAGAAUAAUGACAUCUCCAGAGUCAGGAUAGUGGCGUCCACCCUACCAGAGAAGUUCCAUAGUGUGCCUUUAAGGGAGAGGGCACGUUUCGAGAUUGUAGCUUACUUGAAUUAUUUUGAUUUUUUUUUAUUUUGAUUUUUUUUUUUUUUUUGUAAAGGUUUUUCUGCUUUUCGACUGCUUAAUCUAACUCGACGCCUUAGUUUGUGUUGGACAAAAGAGACAGGAUCUAUGCAGGACCAUAACGCUCGAUGCAAAAAGUGCAGGUCAUGGCUUGGCUCAGAACCGUUUGUCGUUCGUGUGUUUCGGUCCCUCGAUUACCUCCGUUAACAAAACCGUUCUUCCCCCCCUCCCGUUUCCCUGUUUGAAUGUGGGACGAACAGCUGCACCGGGAACGCCGCCAAAGAUGUUCAAGUAGAUCUCUGAGAAGGGGUGAGCUGCUCUGUGUGUGUGUGUAUGUGUAUGUGUGUGUGUGCGUGCGAAUGAGGCCGUGAGUGACUCUUCUAAAUUAUGUUUUCGACAGGGACAAAAACAUUUCAUGGUUUAAAUGUAAUAUAAUUUGGUAUUUUGUAGAUUUUUUUUUUUUUUUGUGU